GGCGCUGGGUUACUCGCCCGCAGUCGCAGACCACACGCGCCACGGAAAGCAUUGAGAGAGCGCCAGCGGUAGUUACUGGAUCGCGGCACCGUCACCUCCUCGACAAACCCAAACACAAACACACGACCAGCACAAAGACAAAACCGAACCACAAACACACAAAACACAAACAAAACAAAAGACAUCUGGGCCAGUCCAGUGCAAGUGCGAGUGCGCGGUAUCGCCUCCGCCUGGCGUUAUCAAACAGCAAUAUCGGAAUCGGAAACACCAACGAACACCAGAGCCACAGCGAACCGAGGUCGCAGCCAAUCGAUCCGCUGACGUUGCCGGCAAAACCCCAUUUAGGCAGCUCCAACUCUACCACCAUGGCAGCCGCCCACGAGCCAACGAUCCACUAUCUGGACAGCGUCCUGAACGAGGAGGAGAGGCGGUGCGAGUACAGCCACCAGUGGCGAAACUUCUCCAUCUCCCGCUCUGGUCGCUUCAGGUCGAAGAACAAGAAGCGAGACGCGGUGGAUGGCAAGCUCUUUGAUGCCCACAGUGCCGUAGGAUCCACCAAGGAGAACGAAAAGGUCUCUGCACGCAGUUCGUCCAGCGCCAAGAGCUCCGGCCCAGCAGCGAGCACAGGAUCGUCGGCGACGACAGGCAGCAACCCGGCGCGAAGUCAGCGUGAAAAGACGGAGAGCUAUAAAAGUUUUUACGAAACGAAUUUAUAGAUACAGCUAGUGGGGCCUGGACUACGUGUAUUCCUUACAAGUAUAUUCUCAUGCAUCUAUAGCUAAGCAUGGCGCUUUAUUUAAUCAGAUUGAGAGGACAAGAGAGAGAGAUAGAGAGAAGGCGAAGGCGGUUGGUAAGGGCUAAGACAGAGGGCUUAUUGCACUAGUUGUGGGCCGUACAGCGCAGGGAAGACGAGUAGCAGCUGCUGCAAUCGCGAUUUAAUUUGUAUUAAGGCAUAUUUCGCCAACACUUUCUCUCUCCGGGCUUAGAUCGACGGUACUUAAGUAAAAUUAAUAACUAUAAAUUAUUAUCUCCAGCAUGCUAGCUCGCUUAUGUUAGAUUGUAAAGUAUUAAAACGUGAUAACUGCACUAAAUUAUAUGCAUACUCUAAGUUUACAGCUAUGUAAGUGUACGUCUUACAUUAGUCAAAGUGAUUACAUAUUUGAAUCUGACCAAUAAAGAACGAGGUUCAAUUUAA